GAGAUCUGUGCCUACCUGUGUGCUGCGGAGCGCUUGAAUCUGCCAUACACGCCCUUGGCCACCGUACAACAGGUGCGCAACAAGGUCCGCUUCAGAGAGGCCUGUGGCAAGGCCGGCGUGCCCACUCCCCGCUUUGCCAAUGCCCACACGGAGGAUGAGCUCCUGCGGGUUCUGGAGAAGGACUGGAGCUAUCCUCUGAUCUUGAAGCCCGCGCGAGGUGCUGGCAGCUACUACUGCCGCAAGGUUGAGGCCAAAGACGAGUUGCUGGAGGUCUUCGCAGCCUUUGAUGGCCAGCUGCGCAGCGAAGGGAAGACUCCUGAGGAGGACGUGCGCGGCGGGUGGAUCUUGGAAGAAUGGUUCAGCGGCUGGGAAGUGGAUGUGGACGGCUGGGCGAAGGAUGGACAAGUGGAAUGGAUGUUGGUUUCCGACAACAAGCCGCUGCAAAGCCAUGCUUGCUGUGAGAUGGGUGGUGUGUAUCCGUCCCAGCUUCCGGAGCACUUGCAGGAGCUGCUGCGAGAACUCACGCGCCAGGUGGAUGCGGGGAUGCGGUGA